GUGGAGCAGUGCAGCCCCCAGCUCCGCCACAUGAGUGCUGGGCAUGGCGAUAGCUGACUUGAGGCACUUACUACCUGGGGAAUUGUGACGUCUACUGUAUUCUUUUGUAUUGUAGCAGCCCGGUCGUCACACAGCCAUGGCGAAACGAGGCAGCAAGCUGGCGAAGAAGGCCAAGAAGAAGGGCCUGUCGCAUGCCAAAAGCUCCAACAUCCGCAAAUACAAGAUGGCCAAGCGUGGGGAGAUGACGGAGGCACAGCGCAAGAGGAAGAAGCAGGAGAAGAAGGCACAGAAGAAGAUGACGUACGCUGAGCUGCGGGAGAGAAAGAAGCAAGCUAGAGAACGCAAGGAGAAGUUUGAUGCUGAGGAGGAGCUGUAUCCCCUCACUGCUGAGGUCUCAGGUGAGGACAUGAUGAAGAUGAUGGACCCUGAGGACCUCACGUACUUGGUGGAGAAGAAGGGGGCAAAGAGGAAGCGCAAAGACGACACAGAGGAAGGGAAAGAGGAGGAGGAAUAUGAGAACAAGGCGCGCUCCUUUGAUGAGGUUCGUGACGGCAAGAAGGUGAAGGGUCUGCUGCCUUACAAGACUGACAAGGGGAUCAUUCCAAGGUUCAAGGAGGUGGAAGAUGAGGAGGCAGAAAAACCAGGUGAAGAUAAGGAGAAAGGGGAGAAGGAAGAAGAAAAUGAAGAACAAGAAGAGAAAGAAGAGGAGGAGGAGGAGGAGGAGGCGAAGGAGGAAGUACCUGAAGAGAAGUCAGCUGUUGAGUUCCUGAUAGAGAGGCAGAAGAAACUGGAGGAGAAGAAGAUCAAGAUUGGGUGUCUGGCGGCAAACUUCAUUCAGCAGCCGGAGGAGAGGCUUUCAGGUUUCUCCAGCUUGCUACACUUCAUGGACGAGUCAGACCCAGACAUCGCGCUGACCAUCAAGAAGUAUGCAGCACUGAGUCUGCUGGAGGUGUUCAACAAGGUGAUCCCUCAGUACCCCAUUCAGCACCACGACAUCAACCAGAAAUUGAAGAAUGAAACCAAACAAGUGUACUUUUAUGAGAACCACCUCCUCUCCGGCUACCAGAUUUACCUGAAGGGUCUGGAGAGCAUGCUGUCUGACUGUUCCAAGAAGACUAAGGUCCCUGCCAUGCAGGCUUUAGGGAUUGUGGCUGUGAAGUGCUUUGGGGAGCUGCUCAACACACACAGCCACUUCAACUACACCAGCAACAUCAUCCAGGCCCUUGUGCCCAUCUUGAACCACCCCCACGACGACCUCUCCAACCUCACCGCCUCCUACCUCACCAAGAUGUUCAAGAUUGACAAGAUGGGCUACCAUUCCUAUGAGAUAGUGAAGUGCAUCGACCACUUUGUGCGGCGGCGGGCCUUCAGGGUGCGGCCGGAGGUGCUGCGGGUCCUGCUGGGGCUCAGGAUGAAGGAUGCCACCUCCUUGGACACCAUCAUCGAGUCCAAGCUGAAUUCCAAGCGCAAGAUGACCCACACUGAGAAGCUUCUCAGAAAGGUCACUGAGGAGCAGAAAAAGAAGAAAUCAAAGAAGGAAGCGAGGCUGUUCCGCAAGAAGAGAAAGCUGGAGGAGCAGAUGAAGGGAAUCAAGGAGGAGAAGAUGAGUGAGGCACGCAAGAAGCAGCACACCGGCCUCAUCCAGCUGGUGUUUGGCCUGUACAUCCACGUGCUGAAGAGGAGACCCAACAACAAACUGAAUGCCGUGGUGCUGGAGGGUCUGGCUAAGUUCUCCCACUUGAUCAACAUUGAGUUUUUCGCUGACCUCCUCAACGUGCUGGGUGGCCUGAUGUCGGAGGGGUCGCUUAAGUUCCGAGAGUCCCUGCACUGCAUCCAGGUUGUGUUCACUAUCCUGGCGGGGCAGGGCGAGGUCCUCACUCUCGACCCCCACAGGUUCUUCACUUACCUGUACGCCAAUAUGUUCAGGCUGAGUGCAGGCAUGAACCAUGACGAUAUACAGUCCGCCCUGGAGUCCCUGAAGCAGAUGUUGGUGGAGCACAAACGAAAGGCCAACCCAGGGCGUGUAUUAGCCUUCAGUAAGCGGCUCUCCACCCUCAGCCUGGGUCUCCUGCACCACGGCGUCAUUCCAGCCCUCACCACUCUACGCAGCAUCAUCCUGGCUCACCCAUCAGUGGAAGCCCUCAUGGAGACAGAUUCUGAGGGCACCAGUGGAGUGUUCUCAGCGGAGGUGGAGGAGCCGGACCACUGCAACGCUGCUGCCUCCACCUUCUGGGAAUUCUACCUUCUGUCUAGACACUACCACAGCACAGUGCAGCAGCUAGCAACACACCUUCUGGCUGGCGCACCCCUGCAGGGAGACAAAACCCUCCCUUACACACUCACAAAGAGGUCAAUACAUGAGUUAUUUGAGGAAUACAACCCCAGUGAGAUGCGUUUCAAUCCCCCUGUGCCUCCCCCUGGCCAGCACCUCACCAACCAGGUCUGCUCCAGGGCCAAGAAACGCAAGAGAGGAAACAGAAGCCAAUAUCUGACUGACUUCAUGUCCGGGCAGAUUGAGACCUUGAAAGCCCCACUUGUUAAUGGCCACUCGAAGGGCAGUAUCAAUGGCAUUCCUAAAGUCAAUGGUUUUACGGAGAACUGCGGAUAUUUAAGCGAGUUUCCCUGUGUGAAUGUACAGAAUGUGGAUUUUUCUAGUGGAAUGUUGGCCAAUAUGAAUCUUAAGAGGAUAAAAGUGAGGGAAAGAGAGGAGGAGGCUGUGAGUAAAGCUGUGGCCAUCAGUCUACUCAAGGUGGAGGCGAAGGCAUAAGAUUGGGAAUGUGGGUGGAAGCCGAAUGUGACCGAGGAAAAAGAAUACGAAGGCGAAGGAAAGAAAAUGGAAGAGGAAAGAAAGUGACGUAAUAAAGGAACAAAGAAAAUUGACGAAGAGAAAAAGGGAAGAAAGAGGGAAUA